AUUCCUACUCUAGUCUGGAAAUGAAAAAGGAAAAGAAAUUAAAGUAGCAAAAAAAAAAGGAAGCUCUAUCGGGCAACUUAUAUUCCCAGCGUUUGCUUUAGUUGGAAAUCUAUUGCUCAAAGGAUGGCUUGCCUACACGAUCACGAUUGCGCCGACCAUAACUGUUCCUCUGAUUGGUCUCUCUUCAAGCAUAUUGACCUUCCUAAGGUGUCUGCUUUGAAUGAGGCUGUCACGGGAAGUGUCAAAUCAGUUUUUAAACCAUGGGAGCAGCGUUUGAAUUCUUCGGAGGGCCACUUGGAAAGCAAUGAAGGUGAUCCUGAACUGAUUGUUUUCAUUCCGUUCACAGCAGAUGUUAAAAUCAAGAGCAUAGCAAUUGUUGGUGGUGCUGAUGGAACAAGUCCGGCUAAGAUGAGGGCAUUCAUCAAUAGAGAUGGCAUUGAUUUUUCAGAUGCUCAAUCUAUGCAAUCGAUUCAGGAAUGGGAUUUGGCUGAGAAUUUGCAAGGAGUUUUAGAGUACCAGACAAGGUAUUCUAGGUUCCAAAGUGUGGGAAAUAUCACUUUGCAUUUCCCUGAUAAUUUUGGUGCUGAUACAACACAAAUACAUUAUAUUGGCUUGAAAGGAGAAGCCACACAGUUGAAGAGGGACGUUGUUGCAAAUAUUGUUUAUGAGAUUAUGCCUAACCCAUCUGAUCACAAGACUCGGGCUGAGACUGGCGGAGGCUUUUCACAUGUGGAAUAAGCUGUGUUAUAUGCAGCUCUUAUGAGUAGAGUGCUUUCUCUAUGAUGUACACUGUGGUAGAGCUUAUAUAUACUCAAAAAAAUACCCAGGAAUUAUUAGAUAAUUGAGAAAAUAGUCGAAUGCCCCCCUAACCUAUAUUCAGAUUUCCAACUAUACUUUAACUUCACGAGAGUCUUAUCAACCCCUAAACUAUUUAAAACUGAAAUUAUUACCUCCCUUAUAUGCUUAUGUGGCAAAGUGAGUGUGUUUCACUCUCUUAGAGAGAGUGAAGACCAAUAACAAAUAUAAAAAUUAUAUUUUUAAUUUUGUUUUCCUAAAUACAUGUAUUUUUAUUUAUUUUUCUUA